CUGCGCAUGCGUCGCCGCCAUCUUGGCCUUCUCCCCUCCCUCUAGUGAGCUGCUUCCCCGGCUCUGAGCCACUAUCCUCCAAUGCUGUUUGAGAUUAAAGAGAAAGGGGGAGGGACAGGCACCGUGUAACAGGGAGCCGAAGCCGAGAGACACAACGAGAGAAAAGAAAGGCAGAGUCAAGGGGGCUACAGAGACAGCGGAGAGUCCAUUUCUAUCCGGCCUCCUCUGUGCCCGAAGCCUGUUCGUCCGAGUUCAAGUGUAUCAGUUUACCAGAGGGAGAGGAUCCCGGACACCGUAACGGUGAAAGGAAGGAGACGGGCAGAGCAGCUGCCUCUCCUUUCUGUGUCUAUCACUCCUCCUCCCUAUGCUAUGAGGAUGGGGCCGCCACCGGGCCUGGGGCAGGAUGCAUGUUGAUGGAUGUCAGUGAUGGCCGCGUCCCCAGGCUGCUGCGUUCCGCUUGCCCCAGGCACCCUGUUACUCAGCUUGGCUUCCAACGCCAGAGCUUACCGCCGACUCUGCAGGACCGACAGAUAACCGGCGCCGUCUGUCAGCUGCGACACCCGGAUACAAGGCAUCCGCGGCUCCCUACUGAGGAUUGGGACGGGAGGGUGUCAUUAAGAAGGCACUGUAAUUAAUAGGGGGAGAGAGGGAGGCGGCUGAUUGGAAGUGACACUGCGCCUUUCCUGUCCCUGGAUUCUCCGUAUCUAUUGGAUCCUGCGCAGAGGAGUGGCGGAAACCUACCUGCCCCUAUAGCUCUAUAUAUUGGCCCCCUACUUAGGAAUAUACGGCUGCGGGUUUGUGGCUGAGAGUUGCAGCUGUCUGAUCUCGGUGGGAGAGCCCUUGUCCCCCUCGUUGAGGGAAGUACAUCUUCUCACGUUUGGAGGAGUGGAGGUGGGUGGGCUGACGGCUAGAGGAGGAGAAUUGAAAUGCACCAGCCCGAUCCAUCCGCAGAUCUAGCUGCCAGGAAGAUGGCGCACCCGGCAGAUAUUCACCGAAGGGGCAGCGGUGCCAGUAGCAACCCAUCUACGUUGAAUCUAACAGGAGCUGGGGUUGGUGGCGGCCAUGCUCUGUCCGCUGAGGAUUAUCAGCCUUCUCACUUGGUGCAGCCUCAAACCGCAUCAUCUUUACCCUCUGGACCCCAGCAACAUCCCCCCCAGACACUGAACUUGAUGCCCCAGCCUCCUGUACAGAGCGGGGCCCAGAUCAAGAAGAAAAGCGGCUUCCAGAUCACCAGUGUAACCCCUGCUCAGAUCUCGGCUAAUAUGAGCUCCAACAACAGCAUAGCUGAAGACACUGAGAGCUACGACGACUUGGAUGAGUCUCACACGGAGGACUUGUCCUCCUCUGAAAUACUGGAUGUCUCGUUAUCUAGAGCCACAGAUCUCGGGGGUCCAGAAAGAAGUAGUUCAGAAGAGACUUUGAAUAACUUCCAGGAGGCUGAAACACCUGGCGCUGUAUCUCCAAAUCAACCACACCUCCCCCAGCAUCAUUUGCCUCCACAUGUUCAGCAAAGCAUCAUGAUCAAUGGGAAUGUACACCAUGCUCAACACCACCACCAUCACCACCCUCAUGGACACCAUCAGCCCCCACACCCUGGACUAGUUGCUGCCUCUAUUCCUGGAGGAACUACUCAAACUACUGCACCUGUGAAAAUGGCAACAGCAGGAAGCUCAGAUAGUAGUAAUACUACAUCAGUACCUGCAUCUUCAGCACCUUCUGCUGCUGUUCCAGCUGCAGGACCUGUACCACCGAUGGUCCGUAAAGCAAGUGGCCCUGUAAGUAUGGGCAUCAACGCUGCCCUAGGUGUUGGUGCGACCAGUAGUGGUAAUAUCUCAAACAUGUCAGGUUUAACCACUACAUUACCCAGUGGCGUAAAUGUAAAUCAACCCAGUGUCGCAAGUAGCAGUAAUGUAACUGCCGUGUCUGCUAACCUUAAUACAAACUUACCAAGUAUGUCUGGCAAUGGCAGCAGUGCUACAUCUAGUAGCAUAAACAAUGUCUGUGGUGCAGCAGGGAUAACAGCAGUUGGUCCUGCCACAGGGCAACAGGCUGCUGCUUCGCAUUCUACUGCAACAUCAAGAUUUAGAGUUGUGAAAUUAGACUCCAGUACGGAACCGUUUAAGAAAGGCAGAUGGACAUGUAUGGAAUUCUAUGAUAAAGAAAAUGCAGUUCCUCCUGAAACAGUUGCUGCAAUCAACAAGGCAGUGGAAAGCAUUAAACAAACCCCUCUUGAAGUGACGUCUGAGAGAGAGAGCACCAGUGGGAGUUCAGUGAGUAGCAAUAUCAGCACCCUGAGUCACUACACUGAGAGCGUUGGAAGUGGAGAAAUAGGGGCACAGACAAUGCAACAGCAAGGUUUUCAAGGACUUGGUCCUCAGCAAAUAGAAUUCAGCAACACCAUUAUUCAGAAUGUCCCAGUAACUAAUAUACCACAGAGUAUUUCACAACCCCAGCUUGCUCAGUUACAGAUCCAUUCCCAAGAUGCUAGCUACUCUUCCCAAAAACAAGUAGGGCAACCAGGCACAGUUAAUUUGAAUGCUGGUGUUCAGCCAGCCACAGUUAAUGUAAUUGGCGUACAGUCUUCUUUAGGGCAUCAACAGCCAGCAGCUUCUACAAUGAUCCCACAGCAGUUGCCAUAUACUCAACAGCCACAGCCCAUACAAAGUCUGCCAGCUGUUCAACAGUUACAGUAUGCACAUCAACAAAGUGCUCCUACUCAGAUGACCUCUGGGCAUGUCAUGCCAGUGAAUCAGAGUUCUGUUCCAGGGAAUUUACCAGAAUAUAUACAGCAUCCGCAGAUUUUACAAGGAGCAGUGGCCCCAGUGCAGCCGGGCUCUGCAGGCGUUGCUAACACUGCAGUUGUCCAAGCUCAAGUAAUGCAAGCUCAGCUCCAUUCUUCAACAGCACAAGCUCCAACUGUAGCGCCAACGCAGUCUGUGGCACAUGCGCAGUCCGCCUUGCCUGCAACAAGUGGUCAAGUUAUAGGAGUUGGUCAACAAGCAAACAUAUCUACUGCAGUCCAUCAGGCCCCUGCAAGUCAAGCAGCAUCUGUUAUGCAGCAAAGUGUUCCUGUUUCUUCACAACCGGUGUUGCCUCCCUCGCAAGGGAUAUCGAUGGGUGCUCCAGGCCUUCCCCAGCAAGCAAUUAUUGCACCUCAAAACCCAUUGCUUCCUGCAAAGCCUCAGGCCCAACACAUUGAACCUGCUGUUCAAGGAAUGGCAAGUCAGCAAGUACCAGUAGCUAGUACUCUGCUUACAGCCACCAGUGUCCCUUCUGUUCAACAACUGAGUACUAGUAUACCUCCUGCAACUUUGGGUCCUCCUCCAACUGUCGCUCAACCUUCAGCUGUUCAAAAUGGCAACUUGAGUCAGAAUGUGAGCCAAGCACCUGUGAUUGCGAGCUUACCAGUAGCACAAAACAUGCCACCCCCAAUGGCACAAAGUUCUGGGCACUUCUUGGCACCAUCACUUAUCCAGUCUGUGGCAAGUCAGAUUGAAGAUGCUAGACGUCUGAUGGCGCAUUCAGUGGCUGGCUUACCUCAUGUUGGCGAGGGAGUUGGUUUGGACAGUAGUGCUGCUGGUUCCCUGCUACCCUUGAAGUCCCUGCCCCUGUCAACAUCUCUGAUUGAUGGUGAAGAUGAAAGCGCCUCCGGUGCCAGUGUUGUAGCGAUCGACAACAAGAUCGAGCAAGCCAUGGAUUUGGUGAAGAGCCAUCUGAUGUAUGCUGUACGGGAGGAGGUAGAGGUCUUGAAGGAGCAGAUUAAAGAGCUCAUUGAGAAGAACUCUCAACUGGAGCAGGAGAACAACUUGCUGAAGACACUGGCAAGUCCCGAGCAGCUUGCCCAGUUCCAGGCACAACUCCAGAGUGGUUCCCCUCCCUCCUCCUCUAACUCAUCUUGCUCACAGCCUGCAGGAAAUACCCCAGCACCAACUCAACCCUCUUCACAAAGUUCUGGCCCUUCUGCAUAGCAGGUUUCGAAAUGGUCAUUGCCCAUACUGUUCUGAACGUUGUCAUUAACACUUUCCCAGGGGGCUGCCUCUACUUUGACUCUACUAGUGACCAUUCUCAUCAUAUUAUAGCAGCAAAUACUGAAGGCUUUUGUCACAAUCGGGUCAUUUCGU